AUGAAGCGCACCUUCGCCCAGAUGAACGACCUGCCAGCCGGCGCCUCGCCGCUGCCCGCCGACCGGCCCCAUGCCCCGCAUCCGCCGCAGUCGCAAGCCCUGUCGACCUCGACGCCGGAGCACACGCCCAAGAUCUCGCGCAAGAUCCGCGCCUGCAAGGAAUGCCAGAGCCGCAAGGUCAAGUGCGACAUCGCCGAGGGCAGCAAUGGCGGCAGCAACCCGUGCGCGCGCUGCCGCCGCCUCGGCCUCAAGUGCGUCAUCAACAAGAGCUUGCAGACGCUGCUGGAUGACGAGAAUGAGUGGAAGAGGACCAUGGAGGUCAAGUACGAGCAGCUGCACCACGCUGUCUCGGACCUGCUCCACCGCAACAACCUGCCUAACCUUGAGUCGUGGUCUGGCGUGCAAUCCAGGAACGACUCUGCAUCCCCCGCCAUGGCCAAGGUGACUCCCCAGACCACGGCCGCCUCUUCAGGUCCCACGCCUCCCCAUUCAGAGUACCAGUCACCCCGGACCCGCAACGUGCCGGGCAUGAACAUGACCAGAGACAACUCACCCGAACCGCCAGGCAAAGAGGAGCCCGACGAGGGCGCUAUGACGUCCGGCCCCAUGGCCUCGCUUUUCGAGGUCACCAAGCUCAAGAACCUCCGCAGCCACAACUCUGAACGCCUCGACGGCUCAAGACGGAAUCCCAUGGCCUCUGACAUCAUCUCGCAAGGCAAGAUCUCCGAGGCCCAGGCCGAGGACUUCUUCGCCCGCUUCAACGCCUCGCUGAACCAGUACAUCUGGGGCGGCGUUGCCCUCGUCCACGACAACCUGCAAUCCGUCAGGGAGUCAUCUCCGCUCCUCCUUACCGCCAUCCUCUCCGUCACUGCUCUGCACGUGCCCGAUGCCGAGCAGGUCCUCGACGUCUGCUACAACGAGUUCCUUGCCCUCGUCUCCGAGUCCAUGUUCGAGAGACAUCAUUCCCUGGACGACGUCCGUGCCCUCUGCAUUGGCGCUUUCUAUCUCUCCGAGGUGAGCUGGAAGCUCUCCGGUCACGCCGUGCGCAUGGCUACCGAGAUGCACCUGCACACGGCCUUCUCCAAGGCCACCAUGGGUUCCAUCGAUGCCAUUGAGCGUGCCCGCCUGUGGUAUCUCCUCUACGUGUGCGACCACCACUUCUCCCUGGCCUACAACAGACCGCCCGUCAUCCACGAGGACGAGUCGGUCGCCGAUCACGAGAGGUUCCUCAGCCUCCCUACCAUCACCAACGCCGAUCUGCGCCUGCAGUCCCAGGUGGGCGUCUUCAAGAUCCUGAGUAGGGUCUUCAACAAGUUUGGACACGACAGCGACAGGCCCAUUACCAUGGAUGACCUGUCGGCCAUUCGGGCGUUCAACGCCAAUCUUGACGAGUGGAAGAGCACCUGGGAAGCUCGUCUGGCCCCCAACCCGUACAUCGACACCUACCCCGCCAAGGGGUGCACCCUGCACCUGAGCUUUGCCAAGCUGCAGCUCAAUGCCAUCUGCCUUCGCGGCCUCUCUACCCUCGCCCUCCACGACCCUCGCCGCGAGUUCAUCAACAUGGCCAUUGAGAAUGCCACGACUUGCCUCAGCUUUGUGCUGGACGAGCCCGACAUCCGCAAGGCCAUUGUCGGUGUUCCGCUCUAUCUGUCGACCACCAUCACCUUCUCGACCGUGUUCCUCAUGAAGGUGCACAGCAAUUGGCGGUCAGCUCAGCUCAACACGAACUUUGGGUUGAUCGUCGACCUGGUCGAGCGCGUCAUCAAGCUACUGAGCGACGCUAAGGCGGGCGAUCGCCACGUCUCAACGCACACUGCGCGCGGGCUUGCUCACAUGCUCAAGAAGUUCAAGGAUCGCGAAGCGCGCGUCAUGCAUGCGCACGCCAAGCGCAACCCCUCGAUCAACACAACACUCAGCAACGGCAGCUUCACGACCUCACAAACGGUGUCGCCCGUCGACGCGACCAUGAGCUGGCCGCCGCCGUCGUCGCAUCCGUCGGAGAUUCCAAUGUCGUGGGCAGGCAGCAGCCUCGACUGGUUUGGUCUUGAGGACCAAUAUCUCCCGGCGGGUGUUUUCGACGCCGUUGCUUCUUCUCUCCCUGUGGUUGGCUGGCCGUUGAACAGCCCGCCAUCAAGCGAAAGCUUUAAUUCGACGCCGCGCAUGCCACCGGUCAGCAACCCGGCGACGAGUUGGCCGAUGAGCGGCUCCAACGCCAGCUACCUGGCGGGCAUGCCCAGCUGGACUGCGGAUGAUGGCAGUGUACGCAGCGCAGUCGCGACGCCCGUGCAGCAGGCCAGGUGUGCAGCGAGCGUGGCAUCGGCGGUGAGCGCAACAGGGACACCGGUCAGCAGCUGGCUUGCCGACAACCCGAACCAGCCGGCCUGGGUGGAAGACUAA